CUUUUUUUUUUCUGGAAGGAAAAGUAUGUAAGAAAAGAAUGGAGGGAGGAAGUGGAAACUCUUUUAUUUCUCUCUUAAAAAAGCCUUGACCUUUUGGUUCCAGGGGUAAACAAGAAAGAAAGUGGACCUCUCGUCUCAAUGAUGGGGCCGGAGUUGGUUGGUCGUUUCCCUGCAGCAUGCAAGAAUCUUCCAUCCCCAUAAACAAAUCGGUUCUAACCUUCAAAGCUUAUUCAGCUGGAGCAGAGAGAACAGGUCUAAUCAAUGUUUAAUCAAAGCUUUGAUACCGAUUGGGACUGAUUAACGAGCUCCACCGUCGCCGACGAGGAUGCCGAUCAGACCAAAUUUCACCAGCCCGGCUGAAUAGAUAGAACUCCCAUAAUGCCAGUUGAGGCCGACGGCCGCCUUACUCCGCCGUCGCCUCCUCCUCCCUCUUUCUCUGCCGCCAUCAGUAGCAGUAGCAGUACUAGGGACUGGUUCUUUCCUUCUCCUUCCAAUUUUGUCCACCACCAUCAAUCGCCGCCGGAAUUCCCUCGCGCUCGCAGCCGGCGGUUCUCCACAAUCCCAAACAGGACAUCUCCCAGUUCCACUCCUCCUCCGCCUCCUUAUGCAACCCGCCGCCGCCGCGUUGUCUACUUCCCUCACCAUCUCUCCCCCAAGCCGGAGCAGCAGCAGGCCCUUCCUGUUCCUCUUCCGCAGCCGCCACCGCCGGUUGACUCUAACGCUGACCGCCCCGCCCCCAAGAAGAAACAUCUUCUUCAACACGGCACUUACUUUGAGCUUCUCCGCCUAGCUCUAAUCCGAUGGCACUUCGCCAUUUCUGCGUCGUUUCUGAUAGCAGCUCUCGCUUCUCUGCUCCACAAGAAUCUCUCAUUGCGGAACCAGGUCGUUGACUUGCAGGAUGAAAUUGCAAGACUUAACAUUGGGUUACUGGCCUGCAAUAUGUCUUCCUCAAUCGAUUUCCGGUUACUGGAAACGGCGGCGGUUGAUCUUUACGCCGGCCAAGGCUUGAAACAUUUGUCUCUGAUUGCCUCACUUGCCUUGUUAUCAAUCCCGCUUCUCGUUUUCAAGUACAUUGAUCUCGUCUCAAAAUCGAGAAGUUCAGAUGCUGCUUCAGAAGAAGUUUCUUUGAGCAAGCAGCUUGCUUAUAGAGUGGAUGUCUUUUUAUCAGUGCAUCCUUAUUCUAAGCCACUGGCACUGAUUGUUGCCACAUUGCUGCUAAUCAUUCUUGGAGGAUUGGCGCUCUUCGGUGUUACCAGCGAUGGCUUAGCUGAUUGUCUAUGGUUGUCGUGGACCUAUGUCGCUGACUCGGGCAACCAUGCCGACUCUGAAGGUAUUGGGCCGAGGCUUGUUUCUGUUUCUAUUAGCUUUGGGGGCAUGCUUGUAUUUGCAAUGAUGCUUGGACUUGUGUCGGAUGCCAUCUCUGAGAAGUUCGAUUCGUUGAGGAAGGGAAGAAGUGAAGUAGUUGAGCAGAACCACACCCUUAUUCUUGGAUGGAGUGAUAAGUUGGGUUCACUGCUGAAUCAGCUUGCAAUUGCGAAUGAGAGUUUAGGUGGGGGGACUGUGGUAGUAAUGGCUGAACGAGACAAAGAAGAGAUGGAAUUGGACAUUGGGAAAAUGGAGUUUGACUUCAAAGGGACCUCCGUUAUAUGCAGAAGUGGGAGCCCCUUGAUUUUGGCUGACCUCAAAAAGGUAUCUGUUUCCAAAGCCCGUGCCAUUAUUGUACUUGCUGAGGAUGGAAAUGCUGACCAGAGUGAUGCUCGUGCAUUGAGAACAGUCUUGAGUCUAACAGGAGUGAAAGAAGGGCUGAAGGGCCAUAUUGUGGUGGAAUUAAGUGAUCUUGAUAAUGAGGUCCUUGUGAAACUUGUUGGUGGGGAACUUGUGGAGACUGUUGUCGCUCAUGAUGUAAUUGGCCGUCUCAUGAUUCAAUGUGCUCGGCAACCAGGACUGGCACAGAUUUGGGAAGACAUCCUUGGCUUUGAAAAUUGUGAAUUUUACAUCCAAAAAUGGCCGCAGUUAGAUGGCAUGCAAUUUGAGGAUGUCUUGAUCAGCUUUCCGGAUGCUAUACCUUGUGGGGUCAAGGUUGCUUCAUGUGGUGGUAAGAUUGUAUUGAAUCCUGAUGAUUCAUAUGCUCUGCAAGAAGGCGACGAAGUGCUUGUUAUAGCAGAAGAUGAUGAUAGUUAUGCUCCAGCAGCAUUACCUACGGUGUGGAGGGGAAGUCUGCCCAAAGACUUCGUUGUACCAAAGUCUGCAGAAAGGAUACUACUUUGUGGUUGGAGAAGAGAUAUGGAAGAUAUUAUAAUGGUGUUGGAUGCGUUUCUUGCACCGUGUUCUGAGCUCUGGAUGUUCAAUGAUGUUCCUGAAAAUGAGAGGGAGAAGAAGCUUAUCGAUGGUGGUCUUGACCUCAGCAGGUUGGUAAAUAUAUCAUUGGUCAACCGAGAAGGCAAUGCAGUCAUCAGGCGUCACUUGGAAAGCCUUCCCCUAGAAUCCUUUGAUUCGAUUUUAAUUUUGGCCGAUGAGUCAGUCGAGGAUUCAGCUAUUCAAGCUGAUUCUAGAUCUCUAGCAACGUUACUGCUGAUUCGUGAUAUUCAGGCGAAGCGGCUCCCUUACAGAGAAGCAAUGGUGACCUCAGUUCAGAGAGGGAGCUUCUCACAGGGAUCUUGGAUAGGGGAGAUGCAACAGGCCUCUGAUAAAUCAGUUAUAAUCAGUGAGAUUCUGGACCCAAGGACCAAAAACCUACUAUCCAUGUCGAAGAUCAGUGACUACGUUUUGUCGAACGAGCUUGUCAGCAUGGCGCUGGCAAUGGUUGCCGAGGAUCGUCAGAUCAAUCAUGUGCUCGAAGAGCUAUUCGCGGAGGAGGGAAACGAGUUGCAGAUAAGAGAAGCUGAUCUUUACCUGCGUGAAGGAGAAGAGCUGAGCUUCUAUGAGAUAAUGUUGAGAGCUCGGCAGAGGAAAGAAAUCGUGAUCGGAUACCGUUUAUGUAACGCGGAAAGAGCUGUUAUCAAUCCGCCGGCUAAGGCGGAGAGACGGAGGUGGUCGGUGAAAGAUAUGUUUGUCGUAAUUGCUGAGAAGGAAUAGAAAGAAUUAUUCUUCUUUUUCUUAGAGAAAGAAAGCCUCAAACAUGCUAUAUCGUCUCAUUCAAAAUACAAAUUUGUUACAUGGGCAUGUGUAAAAUUCUACUUAAUUUUUGUUUUGUAUAUAAUGGCCAUGUAACUAUGAUAACAAAAAAUACUCGAUGUUUGGAAAUUCAGUGUCCAUGAAACUGUACCGUACCGGCGGUUAAACCACGAAAUACCAGUAUUGGAGGCUAAACCGAUAGGCGGUAUUUACCGGUAUAACGGUUGAACUACGGUUAAACCACGGUUUUACCAUAAAAUACCCUGCCGCUGACUUUCCCGAUACGGUAUCCGAUACGGUUUCAUGGACCAUUUGGAUAUCAAAUUUUGAGUAAUUUUACUUUUGGGUAGUGUUGGGUACCUAAGAGAAAAUAGAUAUUCUAUUUUAGUGCAAUUUUUUUUGUUAGGAACAAACCAAAAGAUGGAAACACCAAAAUUAAAUGUGAUUAGAUUGAAGGCAGACAGUUAGUGGGAUGGUCUAUGGUGCCUUUUUUGUGCGUACGAUCAUCUGGAUUCAAAUUGGUUGAUCCAAAUUCGAUUGAGUUCAAAUUUAAUCCAAACUCAUUAAAAGUGUAUAUGACACCGUUUGGCUUGGACCCAAUAUCAAGAUUGGUCAUGACAGUUGAGUCAAAUUAUUUAAUGAGUCAACCCAUUAUCAUUCCUACAUAUCUUAUCUGUUAUUACACUCAAAUAUGUUUUAACAUAUGUACCUGAUUCGAGAUCGAUGUAGUGUGACAGCCAGCUAAGAUAGUAAAAAAAAAACAAUUCAAUUCAAUGAUAUGAGCUUGUGCCUUCAUAUUAAGGUAAGAUAAAAAGGAUCGAUAAAGAGGAUUAACUUUUCAAGUGUAGAGGAAAAAUCAAAAUGCGGGAGGGAGAGGGGACGGGCAGAACAUGGCGCCGCCGUAACUGAACAAUUUGGCACGACACGACACUUAUGGGAUCACAGCAAAUUGGGGUCCAUUUUAAGCUUUGCUGAAGAGCGCAAUCAUUUCAAACACGGCAAAGGAUAAAAUGGUCCACUCGACUCAAGCGCAAAUCACUGCGACCUGCCGACCUUAUGGUUAAGUUUCUCGGUGUCCUUUUCUUUUCCUACCUGUCCCCUCUUUCUUCUGCUCCCUCAAAAUUAACACUGUCAAAAAAACUUCUGUAUAUGCAUUCAAAAUGGUCUUUAUCUCUCACCGAAAGCUGGCCAAAAAUAGACAUAAGAAAUUAUACCUUCGAUG